AUGCGUCCCUCCGUCGCUCCUUGGGGGAUCGCAGCGUUCACUCUUUGGGCUCUGGGUCUCUUCACGUCUCCGGCUCUGUGUGGUCCUACGGUCAAUGUCGCCCUCGAAGCAUCUUUCGCCGCAGGGCCAUACUUGGUGGAACUACUGGAGACAGCGGCUCUCGAGAACUCGUCGGCUUAUUACCCUCUCCUCGAUCGCAUUGCAGAUGGCGCCUUUUCGGAUUUUCAAACUGAGCAAGAGCUGUACAAUACAUUCAUAGACGUGUUACAACAAGAUGGACACAUUUCCCGUCCCGAAUCCCUUUCUUCCUUCAAGUUCGCCCUCGCCCUGCAUGCCGCCGCUCCUCGAGUCGAGGCUCAUUUCCAAUACUACAAUACUUCGGUGCAACCACGUCUAAUGGCGGCGCAGGACGCUGUUUGUCCAGUGUGGGUCUAUUUGGAUGGCCAGCAGUACUGUUCGCCCGAGCUGGAUCGUGCUCAGCAGGCAGUGUCCCUCCCAGACGGUACCGAACAACUCCCUUUCGAUCGUGUCCUUGGUUCGAACCCUGGUGGCCCGGCUUCGAUCCUUUAUGCGGACAUCACACAUCCACUCUUUGGCCAAUUCCACCAUGUCGUUAGCCAGACCGCCCGCGAAGGAAGGUCCACGUACAGACUCCGCUACAGACCUUCGGCUGUUGCCGACAGCAAACCUCUGUUUGUCAGCGGGUAUGGAGUGGAACUGGUGCUCAAGCGGACAGACUAUAUCGUGAUCGAUGAUCGGGAUUCUUCAACACCUGAAUCACCCAAUGCGGACGAUAUAUCCCUGCAGAAGGCAAAAGACGACGAUAUCUCAGAUCUGAAACCGCUGACCACCUCAGAGGUGGUCAAUCUCGGUCUGAACGCUGCCAGUUUUAUAGCAUCGAGCUCUGACCCGUUGCAAAGCCUGAUACAGAUCACCUCAGACUUUCCUCGAUACUCAUCCCUCCUCGCAUCUACCAAUGCUAGCAAAGAAUUUCUAUUGGAGCACAAAUCAAAUCGCGAACGAUUCUUGCCAUCCGGCUACAGUGUCUUUUGGAUCAACGGCGUCCAGAUUGAGCCUCGUCAGAUCAACGCGUACUCGCUUCUCGAUCACUUGCGACGCGAAAGACGCAUCAUCGGUGACCUCAAAGACAUCGGACUUACAUCUUCGGAAGCCAUCAACCUGCUGUCAAGUGAGGUGAUUGCCGAAGCACAGGCGAAUGACAUGCCUCAGAGAUUUGACUGGCGAGAUGCCAUUGAGGAAGACAACGUGUUGAUGUGGCUGAAUGAUUUGGAACACGACAGACGAUAUGCAGCCUGGCCAACAGAUUUGCGACAUCUAUUUCAAAGGGUCUAUCCGGGACAAUUGCCCCAACUGCGCCGCGAUAUACACAAUCUCGUUGUGCCAAUAGACAUGAGCAACAUCAAAGACAUCGAACUUACUGCCACGUCCUUACAGGGCCUCGUCAGAAGACUGGUGCCGCUUAGAGUGGCUCUGGUUCCGGCUGGAACUGGCGCGACCGCAGACAUCUAUGCCCGUGUGUCGUAUCAUCUCUUGGAUACAUACGGUCUGGCACCACUGAUGGCGUUCUACUCAGAUCUUGCCGCAGCCAAGAAGUUACCGUCGAGUCCAGAGAAGAGCUUCCAGAAAGCUGUCAAAGGUCGUCCUGUACGGGAGGGCAAACAACCGUUGAGCUACCACGACAUAUUAAGUUCGGAAGAUCUGACGCAGAGGAUCCAAGCUCGAAACGAUUAUCUGAGCCGGCUAGCUCUGAACAAAUCGGAUCCUCCGUUCAUCAUCAAUGGCGUGGUUCUGCCUCGGACUGACAACUGGUUCGAACCUAUGAGCUCGCGGCUGUUCGCCGACCUUCAACUAUUGCAGCAGGCUGUUUACCAAGGCAUCGUCCCAGAGGACGGCUGGAUUCCUCAGUUCUUCCUCCUGGAAGCUUCUCCCCGACGGAAUGAGAUAGUCUUUCCCCAUGACCCCAAGGACGUUAGAAUCGAGGACAUAAGCCGUCUGGCUGCCGACUUUUCAACCGAGCUUGACACUUUACCCCGGAUACGUGGCUCGGAAGCGACUUUGUUGAGUGAUCGCGCUCAUCUUUUGAUUGUGACAGACUUGGAAUCCGAAGAUGGCAGGAAACUUCUGGGGGAUGUUCUUGCAUUUCGGCAACAGCGUCCGGAAACAGACGUGUUGAUCCUGCAUAACCCUGCGUCAGCAUCACAACCGUCCAAACUGGCGUGUGCCGUCUAUAUGCUGACGCAAGACAACGGUCGAGAUUUCGCUCCGGAAGAAUUGCAAUUGAUCCUCGAAAGUGACUCCAGCCUGGCGGAUGGAACUCCCGGAGAUGAUGCAUGUGCUGCUUUUUGGAGCUCCAAGGUAGCCUUGACGCGUAGUCUGGGUUUCUUACCUGGCCAAAGUGGACUAUGGCUGAAUGGUCGAGUAGUCGGACCUUUGAAGCAAGAGUUCACGCUCGAUGAUAUGGCAUCGCUGCUUGAGUCGGAACGGAGAGAAAGAAUUGCGCCUGUAACGACCGCAAUCACUUCACUAGGGUUAGAAGAUCGAUUUUCCGAUGCCCUAGAUCUCGCCAAAGUCACCUCGCUUGUGGCUAGAGCCUUGAAAUCCGAUCUACCCGAAGGGUUGAGGGAAUCAGUACCUCUAAUCCGAAUGGAUCGGUUCAAGAUCUGGAACGGCACUCACACCUCGAUCAAGGUGUCCAACACGGAUGAUCCCAGUAUCCAAGUUGUUGCUGUGGUCGACCCGGCCUCUGAAAUUGUGCAACAGUGGGUGCCAAUAUUGGAGACCUUGUCGCAACUCCAUGGUGUCAGUGUCCAGAUCUUUUUGAAUCCCAAGGACAGGUUGUCUGAACUUCCCGUCAAGCGCUUUUAUCGUCAAGUCAUCAAUUCAGAACCCAGUUUCCAAGAGGAUGGGUCACUGGCGAUUCCGACCGCAUCAUUUUCGGGUGUGCCGAAAGACACGUUGUUCAACCUCGGGAUGAUUGUGCCUCCGUCAUGGCUGGUGGCACCGAAAGAGUCAAUCCAUGACCUCGACAACAUCAAGCUCAGCAAUCUAGCCGACGGGGAGAACAUCGAUGCACUGUACGAAUUGGAAUAUAUUUUGAUUGAAGGUCAUGCUCGAGACGUGACCGUUGGCCCACCACCGCGCGGUGUUCAGUUAUUGCUUGGAACGGAGCAGGAACCACAUUUCACCGACACCAUCGUGAUGGCCAAUCUGGGAUAUUUCCAAUUUAAGGCGAAGCCGGGACAUUGGCAGAUCUCACUGAAACCCGGCAGAUCUUCCAAAAUCUUCCAACUGGACAGUGUCGGACCAAAUGGAUAUGCUCCUCAGCCGGGUGAUGAGACCACGUCCGUGGCACUUUUGUCAUUCCAAGGCCUGACAUUGUUCCCUCGUUUGUCGCGGCGACCCGGUAUGGAAGAAGAAGAUGUGUUGGAGUCUUCGGGUCACGGUGGAGCGCUGGACUACAUCAGCAAGGGAGCAUCAUUUGCUUCGUCGGCGCUCUCGUCUCUCGGACUGAAAAAGACGUCCGGCAGCAACGCCGAGAUCAACAUCUUUUCUGUCGCGUCUGGACAUCUGUACGAACGGAUGUUGAACAUCAUGAUGGUGUCGGUGAUGAAACACACCCAGCACAGCGUCAAAUUCUGGUUCAUCGAACAGUUCUUGUCCCCUUCCUUCAAGGCCACGGUGCCCAUCCUCGCCGAGCAUUACGGAUUUGAAUAUGAGAUGGUCACAUACAAAUGGCCUCAUUGGUUGCGAGGACAAAAGGAGAAACAACGAGAGAUCUGGGGAUACAAGAUCCUAUUUUUGGAUGUCUUAUUUCCUCUCGACCUGGAUAAAGUCAUUUUCGUCGAUGCCGACCAGAUCGUGCGGACCGACAUGAUGGAACUGGUCAAGGUCGACUUGAAAGGCGCCCCGUACGGGUUCACGCCCAUGUGCGACUCGCGGACGGAAAUGGAAGGCUUCCGGUUUUGGAAACAAGGAUACUGGGAGUCAUACCUCAAGGGCAAACCGUACCACAUCUCGGCUCUUUACGUGGUGGACCUCAAAAGAUUCCGACAGUUGGCGGCCGGUGAUCGAUUGAGACAACAGUAUCAGUCUCUCUCGUCCGAUCCCAACAGUCUCAGCAAUCUCGACCAGGACUUGCCCAACCACAUGCAACAUACCCUACCCAUCUACAGUCUGAGCCAGGAGUGGCUUUGGUGCGAGACGUGGUGUAGUGACGAGAGUCUGAGUUCGGCCAAGACAAUCGAUCUGUGCAAUAACCCUUUGACCAAGGAGCCGAAGCUGGACCGGGCCAGACGACAGGUUCCGGAGUGGACGGAGUAUGAUGAGGAGGUUGCAGCUGUUAUUGAAGCGGCAAGAGGAGAAGAGAGAGAGCAUUCGACGACAGAAUCACAACAAGGCCCCGAUCAGCAUGUGGUGGAAGAAGAGAGGAGACGGGACGAGCUAUGA